UGGGUGGGUAGUAGCCCACCAACUUUCGUUUUGCACCGAACAAGAGGAUAAUAUAGCCACUCAGCAUGCUGAACGAACAAGUCGUGAAAGAUAUUUCUGAACUUCAUGCCAGACUGUUAGAUCAUCGUCCUGUAUUACAAGGUCACAUCAACUACUUCAUCAAAGAGUUUGAGGAGAAGAGAGGUGACAGGGAACAGGAGAGAUUGGAUAAAAUUUCAAAAGAGAUCAUGAAAAUGAACGAAACGUUGCUGCCAGAAAGUUUGGAUGCCAUGCAAGUGUAUCUUGCUAAUGUAUCAGCCAAGUUGAAAGUAGCCACAGAAGUCUGCUACAAAAUAGAGGAAAAAGGAAACAGUGUUGAGAGCUCAGUUCUAGAGGAAGGCAGACAAAGACGAAACAAGGAUUGGGAGGUUUAUACAAACAGACAGCUGAAGAGAUGUGAAAAUAUUGAUAAAGACUUUGAAGAACAAGUUAAAACAUUACAUAGACAUUACAAUGAAUUAGAGGACAAAUUAACAAAUUCUUCAAACCUGGCAGCACAGUAAAAAAAAUUGCAAAACAAAUGUAAAUUUGACUUCUUCCUCUCUGAUAUAAGAAAAAAUGCAGCUCUGUAUUCAGGUAUUAUUUUAAAGAACUUCAAAAGGAGACGAUUGUAUAUAUAUCGGAGCCCCUGCAUCCUCGGAUCCGUCAGAUCCGUGUGGCCCCACACCCGAGAGGAACUAACCUCCUUCCUAAAGGCACUCAACUCAUACCAUCCUACUAUCAAGUAUUAUAUAUUUAUAAGUCACAGUAUUGUCCAUUGUAUAUUACGUCACAAUGGAAAGUUUUCCUCCCUGAGAGUACUUCAGGAGAUAAAUUCAUCAUAAAUUUUGUCCUGAUGAAGCCUCAACUUCAGAGGCGAAACUAGUAGACAUAAUAAAGGAAACACCCUCUUAUUGGUAA